CGGGCUUGGCAAAGGUUGCGCGUCUUCUGGGCUGGGCUAGCGGAGCAGUCCCGGGAUCUCCACGCGCGGGGAGGGCUGCGGGUGGCCCUCCCUGCUUGGUUUCCGCGGAGAAAAGCGGCUGAGGCUUUUGGUCAUCAUGGUUCUUCUGCCUGGCUGGAUCCUGCUUUGGGCGCUGCUGGGCGCGGGGGAAGGGGCGGAGGAGCCCCCCGCAGCAGGCCUUCUCCUGGAGUUUUCCUUGGGGAAGUUCAGGAGUUUCUUGUUGAACGGAAGCCUCCCAGUGGAAGCUGUUUUGAGGAACAUCGCUCGCAACGUGACGCUCGUCCUCUUUCAGAUCCACGCCCACCACCAGAAUGUGACCGUCUCCUUUGGGAAGGAAACUUCUCCCAGCAACUCAGGAACUGGACCAGACAGAGGUUUAGUUUUGGUGCUUCGGCCUGGACAGACGGUGUGCACGUGGUAUUUGCGAGCGGUGGAUUCGAAUCAGGUGCAAAGCACAGCGGUUUCUUUGCCCUACACCGAAAAAGAUCCAAUACCUGGAGGAUGCAACUUGGAAUUUGACUUGGAAAUGGACCCCAACCUGUAUCUAGACUAUAACCUGGCUGAGACCCACAUUAUAUUUGCUCCAGCAAAUCUGGGGUAUGCGAGAGGGGCAAACCCACCAUCCUGUGAUUCGGGAACCGGUCUGGAUUCCAGGUGGAGACUCUCUUAUGAUGUCUACCAGUAUUUUUUGCCCGAGAAUGAUUUGUCGGAAGCCACGUUUAUGAGUCAUAUGAAGAGAAUGUCAGAAGUUCAGAGCAUCCAGGCUCAUGGAUCUAAAAUGAUGACCUUAACCAGCCAAGACAGAACUGAUCUAUACUUCUCGGCACUUCCUGGGCAAGGCGUGAUCUACAAUGUCAUCGUGAGAGAUCCUAAGUGGAACACUUCAGCUGCAUACGUGCCCGUUCACACUUACGCCUGCAGCCUCUCUGCCUUGGUGAAUAACUGCUACACCUUUAGAAGGUUGUCUACCAAAAUAUUUUUCACCAAUUUGGCUUUUCUCGGCCUCUUUAUCUGCUUCCUCGGACACAGAUUCUGGAAAACAGGCUUAUUCUUUAGCGGAUUUAUCUUCACGGCUUUCGUUUUCUUCAUCGUCAUUACUAAAACAUUGGCUCUCAGCUAUGACGUCAAUCUUGGUCUUACUGCAACAGCUGGCAUUAUUGGAGCUCUCCUCCUAGUAGGAUGUUGGUGGCGAUUUGGCCUUGUCAUCCCAUGUAUGCUAAUUGUAGGAGUAGUGCUGGGCUCCCUUGUAUCGUCUUCAUUUUUCUUCACUCCUGUAGGAGACUAUAGAAUUUUUCAAGACGAUGCCGUUUUCUGGGUCACCUUUUGUUGCGUUGCCUUGGUGAUCCCAGUCAUUUUUGUCUGCUGCCCCAGAGUUCUCAACAUCUUGACGUGUGCGGUUGUCGGCUCCUACACCAUAGUGUUGGCCACAGCAUGUUACAUCUACACCAGCCUCUCUUACAUCGGCAUUGAUCUACUCCGGAGGAUUCUGAAUGAAGACUUCAGGAGAACUUACACCAGUGUGCCCUUCCAACCUAACGAUAUUAUUCUCCUGGCCGUCUGGACUAUGCUAGCCCUCGGAGGGAUCACGGUUCAGUUGCGCCGAGAAAGACAUGAGGCGCCUUUCCCGCCACACCCGUACCGGUUAUGGAAGCGGGAGAGAGAGCGCAGGGUCACCAACGUCUUGGAUCCCAGCCACCACGUCCCUCCCUUGAGAGAGCGGAUCCACAAUAAGCUGUCGCAGAUCAAGGACCUUUUUCAGAAAGAGCAGGCGUCAGGCGAAAGAACCCCGCUACUCUUAUGAACGUAUGGAUUUCACGGAUGGGAAGUGGAUGGACCCAUUUGUGGGACGGGGCGUGGAAGCCAAGGAUGUUCUCCGUGGUCUUUCCUACCUCCCAUCGAACGGGAAAAGAAUCCACGGUCGUCCAAGACGAAUCUACUUGUAUUUUAUUUCCAAGUGCUGUGGCAGCCAAGGAACUUUUUGUCUGUAAUUUUAAUCUUUGAUAGAAAAAAAAAAUGUGUAAAAGUUAUUGGGUGGGGGGCAGGAAGGGUAGAAUAGAAAGGUAAGAUGAUUAAUCCAGGGGUCUCCAACCUUGGCCACUUUAAGACUUGUGGUCUUCAAAUCCCAGAAUCCCUCAGCCAGCUUUGCUGGGAGUUGAAGUCCACAAGUCUUAAAGUGGCCAUGGUUGGAGACCCUUGGAUUAAAUCGAUUGUGCAAGUUUAAAACUUCAGAGCCCUGAGACAGAAAAUGAUAAUUUCAGAUUCAUGGGCCUGUCACAGUCCCAAAAGUUCCUUUCAGGGGAAAUUUAGUUUCUGAACAGGAUGAGCAAAGUUUUGGGGAAGGGAAAAAUAAUAAUAAUAAUUGUGGCCUUUGUAACUCUUAGGGAUUAACUUGGAUGAUCAGUGCUAGUAAAUAACAGGUUCCAAUGGUCAAGCAGCACUAAAAAAAUGGAAUUUUCCUUGGAUUGUGUUUACUGGUUGUGCGUGACAAAUAUUUCGAUUUUGAGAUAUGGAAGAAGGGGGUGGGUUUUCUCAAAGCCUGUCGCAAAACUCUGCGUUUUUUUUUUUUAUAAAAAAAAUAGGCUAAAAAAGUGCAUAAUCUCUGGAAUCCCGUGCUUUUUUUUUUUUUUAAAAAAAAGAAAGAAUAACCACGUAAUAUUAUCUACUGCAUUUUAACAGUAGUCCAUUUUGGACUGCUGUUUGUUUAGAAUUAAUUGGCUCUAAAAUAUUUUUUUUCUCUCGUAUUAUUUUUAUAAGAUAAAAAAACUAGUACGUUGAAGCCUCUUUUGAUAGUCUGGUUGAAAAAAUAUAUUUAAAAAAAAAGCCCACGAAGUCGAUUUAUUUCUUACAGUAAGCAGAAGGUAUUUGGCAACCUGCUGUACGAGGGACAAGAUUGUCUUUAAUCAUUUCAUGCUGUUUCUCUUUAUCUCCUGUGGUUUAUAUUCAGCUUUAGGGAAACCAAGUCCUUUUCAAAUUGAGCAUACCUAGGUAGGUUAGUUGUGUAGAUCCAAAUCCCUAAUUAUUUUACCUCUGAUUUUUCAGAGAUCAUUUCUGCAUUUUGGAGACCGAAGAAGUGAUCCAGGGCAAGAGAGCUGCUCAAUUUUAAUUUAUUACGGAGGGGAAAAAAAAAAACACAUGUAAAUGACUCGAGUUAUAUUCCGACCUUGUUCAGUUGUGAAAAUGUAUUGAGAAAUUCCAUUUUUUUAAAAAUUGGGGGUUUAUGAUGUUUCUAAACUGUGGAACGAAGUUCCCAAAUCUUCUGAAGGUAUGGAGCUUAAAUUUUCCUGAGAUAAAAUUUUCCUUCUUUUUCCCAGUUGUGUAAAACUAUUCCUGGUUUGAGUAGGCCUACAGAUUUAAUGGUAGCCUUUAAAUGCUUCGCCCCCCCCACCCUCUUACUGCAGAUGGGCAAUGUUUACAAGAUGAUGAAACUUAAUUUUUUUCAUCUCCCUUUUCUGUUUUAAAACUAUUUGUUGCGUUGAUCGUUUCUUAGGCUGUUGAUUCAUGUUGAAACUCCACGUAAUUGAGAACAGGGAUUGGAAGACAAGUGUCUAGAAAUGAGUCAAAUAGCACAAAUUGCAGUGAUUUUUCCAUCCAGCCAAAAGUUGUAUUUUUCAAGUGAGAAAAUAAGUGCCUAGCGAAGCCAGCCAGGCCUGUUAUAUCUUCCGUUCAAGGGAUAAGUGAUACACCUUCUAUUUUUCUUGCUGCAGAAAAGAAGCAAUUUAUUGCUUUGCUAACUCACCCUUUGUGUCCACAUAGGAGGCAGAUAAGAGGCUGCAGAACAGACUGUGCUGCAGCUGUAUUGUACGUGUCAGAUAGUCCUGAAAAAAAAUAAUGUAAAUUUUCAGACCGCUUAUCUAAGCUGUGUCUUUCUGCCGCCUUAUGGUCUGAAAGUUCAGCUGAUGGCAGUGACGGGUUGGCAGUUUUUGAAGAUCUAAAGCCAUUCUGGUAUUUGACCUUCAAAAAGUGUAAACCUGAAAUCAUUGUAAAUGCGAGCAGUAGAUUUGAUAAAGGGGUAUGUCCCUAAUCUGUAGCAGCUAUUCAUAGGUCAGCUGCAUUUUAAGGUUGAAAAGUAAAGAUAAUCAAUAUGCCUCCAAGCAGUUUCAUACUGCAGGCUACUUUUUAGUGCUGAGACGAAUUGCCAGGUCUGAUGGCAUGGUACUCAGGAAUCAAAACAAUUAGCUAUUUUUAACGUGCUAUAAUUGACAAUAUAAUAAAUAAAACAAAUCCCUUUUUAUAAUAAACAUGAAGUUUAAAAUGGAA